AUGAAAGUGCUCUCUUUUCCAAAACUCCUGAAGAUCUUACCCUACUUAAGACACAAGUCAGUAAGUGAGUUAUUCCCAACAAUACACACUGCAUUUUGCCCUGUUGAAAAGUAAGAAACCUCAUGAGGGUAUCAUGUAUGUUGCGGACCGCCUGGCACCCUCACUGGUUACCUCCACCAAUCGAUGCUUCCUAGCUGACACUGAGUACCAUAAGAACCGCACUGGACACCAUAAGCACCAUAGCCCCUUAGCCACCGCAGCUUGGUUGGGGUCUCGCCGUCCCUUCCCACCCUGGACCAAAGUCCUGGAUCCAGCUCCCAGUGGGAAGGCCUCUCCUCCAAGAGAGUAUAGCAGGGUAUAGCUGUAUAUAGCUCUUAUAAGAACUAGAGUUUAGGAUGGGGGUUUUGAAGGCAAUGGGUAUAGAUGCCCGGAUGUUAACAGCGAUAGGCUCUAUCUACCAAAAUCCGACGGCGAGUGUGGUGGGUAUAGACUUAUGCUCAGAUUGGUUUCCACUAAAGAAUGGCACCCAACAAGGGUGCCCGUUGUCACCUAUAUUAUAUCUCCUAUCAAUGGAAGCUCUUGCCAUCAGAAUAAGAGAUAACCCUGAUAUUAGGGGGGUACCAACCCCUGAUAGAGACCUAAAAAUUAGCAUGUAUGCAGAUGAUACAAUUCUGACCCUUACAGAUCCUACUCAAUCGGUCAAUAACUUGAUGAAGGACAUAGAAGCAUAUAGCAAUAUUUCAAAUUAUAAGAUAAAUACAGAAAAAACAACAGUGAUGUUUAAAAAUUGUAAGAUAGAGUGGAAGAAUGAAUUUUGAAAGACAUAUGGUUUUACGGACGCUAAGGGUAGCUUUGAAUAUUUGGGAGUAAUAAUAACGGAUAAAAUAGAAAAUAUGAUAGAAACUAAUUUUACAAGGCUACUGAAAUCCACCGGGAUAUCGUUAAAAAAGUGGAAUCAUUUGUUUUUUAGUUGGAUGGGAAGGAUAAACAUAAUAAAUGCGUACAUAGUUCCAAGAUGCACCUAUUUUUUUAGAAUGGUUCCCCUAAAAAUUCCCUUACCAUGGUUGGAGAUAAUACAAAGGAUUAUCAAGAAUUUUAUUUGGAAAGGGAAAAAACCUCGGAUCAGUUUAGACCAAUUAACGAAUACUAUAGGGCAAGGAGAGGUAAACUUCCCAAAUAUUGUAAGACAUUAUGAAGCCACCAUUAUAUACCAUACCCAAUUAUUGGGCAAAAAAGAUUCUGAAAAAACUGGUUGGUUUGGAUUAGAGACUCAAUUAUUGAAUAAGAAGGAACUAAGUAGUUAUCUUUGGCAAUCCAAGAAUACUGGAAAGGAAGUUAAAAAUAUAAUUUUAAAUCAUUUAUUUAAUAAUUGGUUUAUGAUAAGGAAAAAACUAAAAAUUCUGGGUUAUAUUUUUGGAUUUAUGGAGAUAGAAAUAUUGGAGGCUUUAAUGCACGAUUUAAGAUUAGAUACCUGGAAAGAUCGGAAUAUUCAAUCAUUGGACGAUAUAAUAAUAGGGGAUAGAAUGAAAGAUUUUCUAACUCUGUCUAAAGAAUUUGACCUUCCACAAGUAGAGGCCUUUAGUUAUCUAAAAAUAAAGUAGUGGUCUUAUAAAGCAAAUUUUUGGAAGUGAAAGCCCUAGGAAAAAUAUGGCUAGUAGUUAUGCAUUGAUAAGAUCCGCUCCUAAAGACAUAAGGUCUAAACAAAUAAAAAGAUGGGAAAAGGAAUGUAAUUUAAAGAUUGAUCUCACGAGCUGGGGUAAUAUGAUGAUAAAGGUAAAAAAAAAUAUUCAUAAUAUGAUUCUGUUUGAGACGCGUUAUAAAAUAUGUUAUCGUUGGUAUUUAGUGCCAAGUAGACUAAAUAGAAUUGACCAUAAGGAGUUGGAUAUUUGUUGGAGAUGUGGGAGUGAAAUUGGAAGCUUUAUCCAUAUCUGGUGGAGUUGUAAAUUAAUUAAGAAACUAUGGGAUGAGGUUUUCAGAAGAUUAUAUGUUUGGGAUAAAAUUUUGAUAGAAAAAUCUCCAACCUCGGCGCUUCUACAUCUCCACUGGCCUGAAAUAUAAUUAUAUCAACAAUUUUUAACUAUACUUUCAUUCAUGGCAGUGAAGAUUCUGAUAGCAAGAGGCUGGAAAAAUUCUAAGUUUAUUGAUUGUAAGCAUUGGGAGAAACAGCUGUUGUCCCAGAUCAAGAAUGAGAUAGGCAUAUAUACGGGGAAAGACAAUGUAAAGAAAUAUGAGAUGGGAAUAAAGUGUUUACAAAUUAUAGAAGAUAGUAGAAACUUAGGAGUAGUUCACUAAUUCACUUCAGUUUAUCGAGCUGUUAAAGAAUAAGAGACAUAUAUUGUUUCCUAUGCAUGCUGUGUUCUUAUCCAACUUUGUAUGCGUAUGAAUGGUGUAUGCUUAGAAGUAAUUGUCUAGAUUGUAUGUUAGAUAUUUAUUGUUGUUUUAAAUUGGUAUGAGAUAUUUGUAAUUUAUUCUUGUGUAAAACCAAAUAAAGAUUUAUACGGAAAAAAAAAGAACUAGAGUUUAUAGCACUAUAGCUGUUCCUUACAAUCACGAGACGAGGCAGCGUGUUGAGGGUGAAGUGAACUGAUUUUAAUGGGACCACACUUGGCCUGUUAUAACAAUCCCAAUGCAAGGGGCACUCCCCCAUGGACCUUGUGGGGGACUGCAGUACAAAAUCACAGACCAAUACAAUCAUGUUACAAGGCAUGACACUUCCCUACAUAUCAUACAAUCCCUCCCCUCGGCCUUGGAAGCAAUUGAGUCAGAUACUAUAUUAACUCAAUUAUCUCCAUGCAGAAAAACACAUUUUUUAUAAAACCCCAAAAGUACUCCAAAAACACAUAAGAUCCCCACAAAUGUUACAUCCCCUGAUAGCCCUGAUCUGGGUUAUCAACAUUUCCAGAAAUCACCCAGAUCAGUUCAGGGGUUCAGAAAUUUUCUGGAAGUCACAUUUUGACCGACCGCACACCGGUCCCAUGCCCAAAACAGUUCCAGAGAAUCAGGCUGUACGGUCGGUCUAUUUCGGGAAUUCGAAGUAGGAUAUAAAAUACCGAACGUAUAGGUUAGGAAGUAGCCUCAAUUAAUGUCCCUCCUUCGGGAGUUUAUUCCCACCGAACGAUGUUCGAUUCCCAUUUGAAUAGCCGAACAUCAGUGGAAGGUAUUUGUAUAGCGGUAUUCGCGCCCUCGAUUGUCAGAUUUCAGUUCCAUGUACUCUACGACCAAACACCGCCGCCGCCGCCACGUGUUCGAAUGCAAGCCGACUGCUUCGAACCGCUUUGAACGUUCGGGAGUUCAAAGUGCUCCUUCGAGAGUUUGAAGUGUUGCUAAGUGAAUAAUGUUACAAAAGGCACAAACAGUGUCUGUAAGCAAGGUUUAUCACUAAUGGCAGCCUACAAAAUGUCCCUAAAUGCCGCUAAUCACUCAUCCAUAUAUACCGGAAGUCGGGCCAGAUUAAGGGCCUAUUGGGUCUAGCACUGACAAUUAUGAUUGCCGUAAUUACAGAAUCUUAUCGACAAAAUAUACUAAAAACACUCCCAAAGCCUCUAAUAUCUGGUGAAGGUGUUGCUGGAGAGAAACUCACAGGAUCUAGCUAUAAGACAACACAUACCCUAUGCUUAUAUCUGGCUUUCAUCUUUCAAGUAAAUCCAUACCCCCUAACAGCAGGAUGUCGGUGAGCAGAGUAAAAGGCUGGGCCACUGACACAAAUCACUUAACCAGAACUGCCCAAAGGGGCGAACAUGUCCGAGUCCGAGUCUGCCCGAAGAAUUAGGUCAACCUGGUGUAAAUGCAUGACAGGCUGCCAGCAAAAGGCAUACCAGGCAGACAGCACCCUGAGCUUGGCAUAAAUGCGUCUAAGGAUGUGCUCGCUCUACGCUUUCUAAGGACUGUCCACUAGCACUCACUUGUCCACUACUCUUAGCUUCUUACUAGGAGGCAGAGGCUCCUGUUAUACUGUCUGGGACAGAGGAAAUGUGUAUAUAGUAAAUGUAGAAGAAAAGGAACAUGCCACAGUGAUAGAGAGACUGAAACAGCAAGAGCAUUUGCAUAGUGCGUAAAGUCAGCUUUACCUUAACUAAUUUCUUUGUCAGCCAGGCCAAACCAGUUUUGUUUCCUUACAUCCCUCUUAAGUUUUCAUACUUUAAAGGACCACUCCACACCCCAAAAUCACUUCAACUUACUGAAGUGAUUUAUGGGUGAGGAGUAACCUAGCUUAACCCCAGUUUAUAUGUGUUGAUUUCUGUGGGAAAUGCAGAUUUUAUUAAAGGACCACUAUAGUGCCCUGAUGGUGCCCCCACACUCAGGGCCCCCCUCCCGCCGGGCUCUAGGGUGAGGAAGGGGUUAAACCUACCUCUUUCUCCAGGGCGGGGAGCUCUCCUCCUCGGCUGAAUGCACAUGCGCGACAAGAGCCGAGCGUGCAUUCAGCCAGUCUCAUAGGAAAGCAUUCACAAUGCUUUCCUAUAGAAGCUGGCAUCUUCUCACUGUGAAAAUCACAGUGAGAAGCACACAAGCGCCUCUAGGGGCUGUCAAUGAAACUGCUAUGUUUAGAGAAAAAAGGGUUAACCCUAGCUGGACCUGGCACCCAGACUACUUCAUUAAGCUGAAGUGGUUUGGGUGCCUAUAGUGGGCCUUUAAAGUUUGGGUGCCUAUAGUGGGCCUUUAAAGUACAUAGUAUUUAAAAAAAAAAAACAAACAGAAAAAAAAAUUGUUCCAUGUACCACCCACAGCAUUUCACACACACACAGCACCCCUCACACACAGCACCUGUCACACACACAGAACCUCUCUCACACAGCACCUUUCACACCCAGCACCACACACACAGCACCCCUCACACUCAGCACACCUCACACACAGCAUCACACACAACCAGCAUCUCACACACACAGCACCUCUCUCACACACAGCACAUCACACACACACACAGAACCUCACACACGCAGCACCUCUCUCACACACCACCCCUCAUACACAGCACCCCUCACACACAGCACCACUCGCUUACAGCACCACUCGCUUACUGCACCUCUCACACGCAGCACCCCUCACACACACAGCACCUUCCAGACACACAGCACUCCUCAUACAUCACACACACAAACAGCACCCCUUGUACACAUCACACACAACACCUCACUGCAGUCUGUGUAUUCAGUAGUCUGUGUGUGUAUAUAGCAGUCUGUGUGUGUGCGUGUGUAUUCAGCAGUCUGUGUGUGUGUGUACUCAGCAGCCUGUGUACUCAGUGAUCUGUGUGUAUUCAGUAGUCUGUCUAUUCAGCAGUUUGUGUGUGUAUUCAGCAGUCUGUGUGUGUGUGUGUGUGUGUAUUCAGCGGACUGUGUAUGUAUUUAGCAGUCUAUCUGUGUGUACUUAGCUGUCUGUGUGUGUAUUCAGCAGUCGGUGUGUGCGUAUUUAGCAGUCUGUAUGUAUGUAUGUAUUGCAUUUGUUGGAGGUACCAAUAAAUAUAAGCUUAAUUUAAUUGAUAAUUUACAUUUUUAUUCCUGUGAGUUGUUGUGUAGGCAGGGGCCCAGUGCACUGCUUUGCCUGGGGACCCAUAAUGCUGUUAAGAUGGCACUGGCUCCCCUGAGCUAAUGAAAGUAGCAGGCACACUCUUCUUGAGUGUGCCAGCCUCCCCUCCCUCACAGACCUCAGACUUGGAGAAACCUCAGCUUGGAGAAACCUCUUGUCAGAGGUGGCGGUCCGGUGGCCGGGACCCAGUAUUAUUGAUCUUGAAAGUAGGAGUCACUGUGUGGAAAUGGAUUAUCAGGCGGGUGGGGGCGGGUGGGGUGCAGGGUAACCACAUGCCCCCUGGUGUUGAGAACCAGCAUUUGUGCGGCCACAUACAGACCUCCCAUGAUCUGAAUAGGGAGGCUCUGCAGCAGAUAUGUAUCCAGUACAAGAAAAAAGGCAAGACUAGAACUGGCACCAAAGAAGAUAGCAAGACAAGACUAGAAGAGCCCAGAACCAGAGAAGGACAGAAAGCAGAACCCAGAAUAUGUACACAAUACAAGAGGGAAACAUGAACAGGAUACGGACAGGGCAGGACAGGACUGUACAUGAACUGGGAAUACAAGACAAAAUAAAACAAGACAAGAGAUACGAGGCAAAACAAGAGGAGACAUAACUAAGUACUAAUAUGUGCAAUAAACAUGGGAGAUUUAGACAUACAUAAAUGGCCAAUAUGUAUGCAGCCCACCACUGCGCCAAAGUACUUACAAUUACGGUGGGUCCUAGCUGCCUAGAUAUGCAUGACUAAAUAAACAAUAAUAAAACACACCCAGUACUUACCUGCAAGAAAGGGGCAGAGGACUUGUUUCAACUGCCUGCAGGAACCAACUGAAACAAAAAGAUUAAUGGCAAAGGAACGGGUGUGGCAACAAAAAACAAACAUUUAAAGGAAUCCAAGAGACUGGGAAUUCCAGGAACGGAAUACAGGAAUGUAGCAAGAAAACACAGCAUAAAGAAACCCAGACAUGGAAUAGAGAACCAGAAAAACUAAACAAGAAUUGUAAAAAGAGUACUGGAUACCUGAAGCCAAGGCCAGAAAUGAUCCGCAGCCAGGAACAGGAUGUGACACCUCUGAAUUGUUAUUUCCCUGUGAAGAGACUGAAAGUGUAAGGGGAAAGAGAACUGCAGCUUUUGUAAUCUCUUUUAGACGAUAUUCCCAAUAAAUUCAUGCAUAAAAACAUACAUGGCCCUCUUUAGCCAUGAACAGAGACAACAUGUUUGGUCGGCGAGUGUAUGGAACUAAAAUUGGACACUCGACGGCGCGAACACUGCUGGGACUUCCACCUUCAGUUAUGUUCGUGGGGAUCAGACAAACAGAGUGGCGUUCCAGGAGAACAGACUACCAAACAAGAUACACAGAAAGAAUGUCUGCACGAACAGUGCAUGCCUUGUUUUUCGCAUAUUUGAUACUCCCGAAAGAGACCGGCCACACAGCCUGAUUUCAUGGAACUUUUUUGGGCAGGCACCUCGUGUGUGGUCGGUCUAAACUAUAUCCCGGUGGCGUCUUGGCUGCGUUCAUGGGAUCAGAGCACUUUUCAGAUAUGUUGUGCGAUCAGACCCAGGCUAUCCAGGGAUAUAGGACUUAAAGCGGCACUGUCAUGCCGAACUUACCUUUCCUCAAUCUCUUCCUCUUCUCCCCCUCUCUCAUGAUCUGUUAUUCUUUUCUUCCUGUCUUCUUUAGUUUUCUUUAAAAUCAUAAGACAAAGUAGGGACUCUUUGCCUUAUGGAGGAUUCCUCCGCUGGUCAGAGCAAUUUUCCCAUGAUCCUUACCUUCCCUCUGUGUUCCCACAAUGCUUCCUGUCACUUUACACAAAACUGCCGAAUUGCGUUCUAACUGAAUGAGAACAGUAUGUUAGUUUCUUUUAGAACGCAAUUCGGCACUUUAUUCGGAUCGGAAUUUCAUUCGAAUGAAUGAAACUCCGAUCCUAUUGAUUGCUGUGGCUGCAUCUUGCAGCCGCUUAGUAGAUAACUCCCUAAUUCCCACGGUAUCAGGGAGUUAUCUACUAAAAGGCUGAAAGACCUAAAUUGGUCUUUCAGCCAACUUUACUAAUAUUAAGUAAAAAUUACUUAGUAUUUGCAAAUAAUAUUCCCCUACUCGCUAUACCCGCGAGUAGGUGCAUGUCUGGUAAACACUGUAAAAAAAAAAAAAGCUAUUGUCCCCCACCCCUAAACGACGGGUGGGGGCCCUAAAGUAAAAUAAGGGGGGAGACCUAAUGUCCCCUCCCCCCCGGCCCCCACCCCUGCGUGGCGGGUGGGGGCCAUAAUGAUUACGAGGGGGUGGGGACCUACUGCCCUACCCCCCGGCCCCCACCCCUGGGCGGCGGGUGGGGGCCAUAGUGAGAAUGAGGGGUGAAGAUGGAUAAUUUUUUUGCGCUCUGGUUUUUUCUUUUUCGUCUGUUUUUUUUUUUGGCGCUCAAGAUUUUUAUUUUAUUUUCAAUUCGACGGUUAUGAUGGUUUUUUUAUUUGGCCUUUUUUGGGGCUGAAAAAUUAAGAUUUGAGAAAAAAGAAGACGUUGAAUGGUAAGUUUAAUUUUAUUUUACAGGUUAGUUAUUUUAUUCCCCCCUCACUAUUUUUUAGUGUGAGGGGGUAGGUAGGGACUUUUUUUUUGGGUGGGGGGUGGGUGACUAGGGGCUUGGGGACCCCUAGUCACCUUGGUGGGGGGGGGGAAUUAGGGCCUCCACCCGCCGCCCAGGGGUGGGGGCGAGGGGGGGGGAGGACAGUAGUUCCCCCCCCUCAUUAUCUUCAUGGCCCCCACCCGCCGCCCAGGGGUGGGGGCCGGGGGGGGGGGCAGUAGGUUCCCCCCCUUCAUUCUCACUAUGUGCGGGAAUCUCACAGUCUAUCUAGUGUGGGCAGAUGACGUGUCCCACAGGGACUUCAUCUACCCACACAAAGAUGGCGGCGCCCUGAAUAUAGAUCGGGACAGAAAAUAAAGAUUAAAAAAUAGGUCAUGUGGGGGGCUUAGAAGCAUUUGGGGGUGACUAGGGUGUUAGUUAGAUGUAUUGGAGGCCGGUGGGUGGGGUUAAUAAAAAACAGGAUUCGCCAUGACAGUGCCGCUUUAAGGGGGUAUCUUGUGGGUAACUGUAUGUUUUUGGGUGAUUAUUAUUAUACAUGUCCUGGACCUGAGAGUCAAUGUAAUUAUGUUGUAUAUUUUGUCUCAGUCUACUCUCAGGUCCAGUGGGGAAUGCCCCUGGAAUAUGUGUUUGGAAACCCCUUGCACGGGGAUUUACAUAAAAGGACAUGUAUGGCUCCAUUAAAGGUAGUUAUACCCCCAGAGCUGAGUGUCGUCCAGUUGCUGGGGAGGAGGUGGGAGAUUCCUGGAUUAUUUAACUGUGUUUGGCUGUUCCCUUGGGGUGAUCUACUUGUUCCUGAGCGUAUGUUGCAGUAACCAGCGGAGGAGAGUCCCUGCUAGGGCUCCGCUACAGACAUCUAAUGGUAACAAAAAUAAAUAUAUAUAUAUAUAUAUAUAUAUAUAAUCUUUUUUUACGGGUAUUGAAAAAAAAUCAUACAUUAUUAUUAGUAUGAGGGGGUAGUCAGGGUAUUUCUUUUGAUGGGGUUGGACCAUAUUGACCCCUAUAGGCCUUUAGUUUAUUCAUUUUUUUAUGACUAACAGGGUUAGUAAUUUAAAAAGGCAGAUAAAUCUUCUUCAGAAUACAUAUAUCAGAUGAUUUUUCUGAAACCUAUAUCUGGUUUAGCUGCUAAAAUUUCAGCCUGCAAUAAAUCCACUCAAAAUUCAUUAAACUUAUUGGAUUUUGCAGAUAGAAUAUAAUUAAGGUCGAUUAGAACUUACCUUCAGGCACAUCUAUAUAUAUAUUAAUAUUUGUGCAUUAGAGGGGUGCCCAUCAUGUUUGAUGAAGGUGUCUUUUUAUGUUUUUAUUUUUUUCGGUACCUGACACCGCUUUUCUCCUAUUCUCCCCCCCUCUCUACUCACAGCUGGUUUGGAAAGCAGUGUUCUGGAGGACGAAGAGGAUGUAAAACCUGAAAUUCUUCACCACUUUUCAGAGACAUCAAGGUCCGACACCGAGUCCACAGCUGGUAUGGUGCUAAGUUGUGGGGUUGGAAUCUCUUUUGUAGCAGUUUCUCAGUUCAUUUUUGUUCUUUUGAUCAGUGCAGUGCUUUGUACAUUGUGUAGCUGUGCAGAAAUACAACAAUUUGUGCAUAGCCUAAGCAAAAUAAUAAUGAGUGAGAUAUGUAGUAAAUGAAGUAAUAAUGGUAUAGAGCACAAUUGCCACAUCAGUAAUGUAGGAUUAGUUCUAAAAACUACGUUUUGCUGUGUUGAAUGUCCUGGAUAAUUGACUAAAGAUUUAAAAAAAUAUCACAACUUGUGUGUGAAUUCUAGCCAGCACCAUACUCUAUUCCUGUCAAGGCUGUCUUAAUGCAUAGGCGUGCUGGGCAGUUGCCCAGGCUCCUCAUUGAUCGUAGGGGCCCCAUAGGCUUGCCAGCUUUUUAGUAUAUUAUUCUGGGUAAUUUAUUCAGAAACUUCAAACCCUCUUUACUGAAACGUUUAUGUGGACUUAUCACCUCAGUAUCCGCUGUUAUCUGUACGUGCAAUCUUGCUGUUGCUAAUAAGUAUCUUCUACUUGACUAAAACAUCAUACACAUACUAAUUGUACAAAAGCAACACACAUAAUGUUGUGAAGCCGUAAAGCUAUAAUAAAGUUCUUCUUAUAUCUAUAACAGUCCAUGUCAGUUGCCUUCCCCAAUCUCUGCAGUUCUGUAAUGUUUAAACACUGAUAUUGUUGGAGUUAUUAAUAAAUACAAGCUUAAUUGUUCCGAUAAUUUGCAUUUUUAUUCCUUUGAGUGGUUGUGUAGGCAGGGCCACAGUGUGCUGCUUUGCCCAGGGGGCGAUAAUGCUCUUAAGAUAUCCCUGACUCCUGUUCCACAUGUUAGUGAUGUUUUUAUGGAGUGAUUGCCUUGUGGCAUAUUCCUUCCAAAUGAUGGACUUUUUGUGUGAAUGAGUUUUGUGGCUGAAUUGCAUAUUACAUUUGUAUAGUUAGUUUGUGUCAAUGUGUUUCCUGUAUUUAAUGUUCCCUGUUACAGAUAAAUGCCAGGAACUGCAACUGCUUGAGAAGCUGGUGACGCAGCAGAAGGAGAUCAUAACGAGGCUUGAUUAUUUGAAUCAUAAUCUUGUGCAGAUGGCCAGCUUGCACUAUCAGCACAUUGUAGAAGAUUCUGCUGACUUACUAAAGACUGGAAGAAAAGAACCUCUUUUUUCUGGCAAUAACUCCAUGCCCUUCCCUUCCAUGUUUAUACCAUUCCCUAUGCCAACAUCUGCCGAAUCUUCUGCUUAUACAACUUACAUAUCAGCUCCACGUCCUACUGCCCCCUACAUGCAUUAUUCUCAGAGUCCGUCAUCUCCAGACCAUUCGUUGCCUCUUAAUGCCCCGUAUAUGCCGUCCUCUCAGCCUGCAGCAACCUACAUGCCUGCUUCUCAGCCUGCCGCUUCCUACAUCCCAACUUCCCAGAUCCUUUCAUCUUUGUGUAUAUUGCCCUCAAAAAGCACAUCCAACUUUCAUCCAAGCUUCUCUCCAACAAGUUUAGGUUCAUCGCCUCGGUCAACUAGUCACCCAUCCACCAUGACCCUGGCCAAAAAACAUAACAACAAAAUCCCUUGA